UGUGAAUUUCUGCGUGCCUUUUUUUUAACGACUUUUUUUUCUUUUUUUUUUUGUCUUUGCGGGCUCGCCGUAAUUGUCCCUCCUCCAAGCGCGAGUACGGGUGGAAGGAGCGAAAGUGCGCACGAGGACACUUCUCCGAGCAUCUGCUCCGCGCGCCGCCGAAGGGGCUGAGGUGAAGCGCGUGAGCCCACGCCGGGGCUGAUAUGUGUGUCCGUCGGGCUCGCGCGCUGCAGUCGCGUGCCUGCUGAACUUCAGAAAGAGAAGUGAAGAGAGGAGAACUCCCCACAGAUGUCCUCCAGUGCCCGCUGUCCUUUCCCUGGCAAGUGACUGCUUCUUCUGCCGCGAUCAUGUUUUCUGUGAAACCUGUGAAACCCACGUUCCGCUCGUACCUGCCGCCGGUGCAGACGGAGGUGAAGAAGCUGGUGCCGCAGGUGAACGUAAAGAAGCUGGAGGCCAGGUUACUGCCAGGGGAGAUCGUGGUGAGUGAAGUGAACUUUGUGCGCAAGUGCAUGGGCACGGUUACCACCCGAGACGACCUGUGGGGCAAGUUGAUCUGCACCAACUUCAAGGUCUCUUUUGUGACCCAUGACCCGAGUAGGCAGAAAUUCCAGUAUUGCAACCGUCUUCUGGGAGACCAUGAUGUGCCCUUGGCAUGCGUGGAGCAGUUGGUCACAGUGAAUGACACUACAGGGAAGCAGAAGGUACUAUUGUCGAACCGAAAGCUCAAGUUCAGUCCCACAGAACUCAUCAUCUAUUGUAAGGACUUCCGCAUCCUUCGGUUCCGCUUUGAUGAGUCCGGGCCUGAGAGUGCCAAGAAGGUGUGCCUGGCCAUUGCCCAUUACUGCCAGCCUGCGGACCCCCUGCUGCUUUUUGGCUUUGAGUAUGUGGGGAAGCGGUACGACGGGUCCUCAGGUGACCAGAUCAGUACUGCAGACCUAAGUGCUCGGCUACGAACCCCGCUAUUUGAUUGCUCAUCCGACUGGGACCGGGAGAUUAAGCGCACUGGAGCAAGCGAGUGGAGGGUGUGCUCUCUCAAUGAAGGCUAUGCUGUGUCACCCAGUCUUCCGGAGCACUUUGUGGUGCCCGUGUCCCUUGCAGAUCAGGAUCUCAGACAGUUCUCAUGCUCCUUUGCAGGACAGCGCAUCCCGCUGUGGUGCUGGAAUCACCCGAAUGGCAGCGCCUUGGUCCGAAUGGCCAGCAUCAGGGAUGUGGCUCAUCAGCGGAAGCUAGAACAAAGGGUGUGCAGCGCAGUCACCAGAAGCCACCCAAAGCGCAGCGAUGUCCUCCAGUCUAACUUAGACAGGAGCCUCCCAAGAAUUCAGGAUGUCCAGACUUCCCUCGUCAAACUGAGGCAGAUCUGUGUCUUUGAGCCUUACCAGGAGUCCGAGGACAAGUGGUUCUCCUCCAUGGAGAGCUCAGGAUGGCUGGAAAAUGUCAGGGCCUUCCUGCAGCACUCCAUAGAGGUGGUGCACAUGUUGGAGGGGAGGGGUAUGUCUGUCAUCCUGCAAGAGGAGGAAGACCGAGACUUGAGCUGCGUGGUCUCUUCUCUGGUCCAGCUGAUGUUGGACCCCCACUUUCGCAGCAUUGAGGGCUUCCAGAGCCUGGUGCAGAAGGAGUGGGUGAUGGCUGGGCACCGCUUCCUUGACCGUUGUAACCACCUGAAGAAGAGCAGCAAAGAGGAGUCGCCACUCUUCCUGCUCUUCGUGGACUGUGUGUGGCAGCUGAUGAACCAGUUCCCAUCUGCCUUUGAAUUCACAGAGAUCUACUUGGCUGUGCUGUGUGACAGCAUGUGGAUUCCAGUCUUCAGCACUUUCCUCUUCAACUGCCCCCGUCAGAGGGCAGAGCACAGCCGGGAUUUUGCCCAGAGUCGGUAUCUCUUUCUGGGAGAGGAGAAAACCCUGCGGUUCCCCCCAGUCUGGGACUGGUCCCAGCAGUUCAGCCACAGGGAUCAGGCACUGUUCAACAGCCCAUUUUAUGUGGGCAAGAGGGCAGCUCCUUGUGUGCAGAAUGGAGCGGUGAAGACGUUCAAGCGCACGAAGAAGAGCUACAGUUCCACAUUAAGGGGGAUGCCAUCAAUGCAGAAUGGCAUGCUGGGAAGGCAUGGCUCCCUCCCACGGCGUAACUCCCUGAUUCUGCGGUUCCGGCCAGAGUCCCCAGCACGACGUGAGGCACCAGAGAGUACACUGGACCACUUCACCAGAGACUGGCUCUCCCGACCCGCAGACCCACAUGGGCUGCUGCUGCCCCAGCUGCUACCCUCACACCUGAAGCUGUGGCGACUGUACUUUCUGCGCUGGGUCCCCGAAGCACGGAUCCCACAUGGUGGCAUGGUCAUGGCCCUUCACAAGCUGUCCUUGCUGGCUGAUGAGAUCGAGACAUUGCAGAUGAAGUUGCGGCAGUACAGCGGUGGUCCCACUCCUGGAUGCUCCUCAGACAGGGUGACCCUGUCCCCAGAGCAAAGGAGAAUGUAUUUCAGGGGCAGUCCUCUUCCCAUCACCCCCCAGCAACCGGAGUACCUCAGCUCAGCAUUCCCUUUUUCCCCGGUGGGCAACCUUAGCCGGCCCGAGGUCCUGGGGACCCCGCUCAGGAAGUUCCUCAGUGGGGCCAGGCUCUGGCUCUCCAGUGAGACCCUAGUAAACCAGACUCCCUGAAAACACCCAGUGUAGGAGGUCGAUGUGGAGGCAGGGCCCCUGUGAAGGACUAUAGACAAGGAAAGGAGGCUGUGAAAAGGGAGAGCCUUAUAUUAUUGGUUAUUUAUUUUAUUUUUUUCCUUUGCACAAUGGCUGAAUUCCCAUAUUUUAAUCCAAGAAUUUCUCUGAUGGUUAAUUUUAGAGGGAAGUGUUGAUUUCCAUUUACUUUCAUUGUCACAAUGGUGGGAACUUUGGUGUUUAUUCUGAGCAGCCGAGCCACUGGGGAAAGUUGCGUCCUAUGGAACCCAAAUCUUUGUCUCCUUUUGUAAUGUGACAAAAGCAGAAUUAUUACAUACUGGUUAUUAACUUCUUGCAAUUUUUAGCUCUCUGAACCUUAAAUGGGUGGUGCAAUAUACCAGACACACAAAAUGUUUUGCAAUACCAUUUACCAAGGCAAAAUUGGCUGAAAGACUGCUUCCUCAUUGCUUUGUGGAACCUGGGUGUGUCCAACACUAGCACUUUUAGAUUUUGAUAUGUUGAACUGUAGGUGUGGACUGAGCUUUCUGCAUUUAUGGAGACAGGCUGGAUACCUGCAUCAUUCACACAGAUGAGUCACCAGUAACUAAAGCCAGGUGCUGUUUAAAAUUGAUACUAACAUUUAAUGGGUUGGCAGUACUUUGCUGUUCUGGGGUAGCAGUAGGGUUUUGUGUGGAGUAUCUCCUUGGGCUGUCUGCACUUAAGGUUCACAUUUGAAGCUAAUGUGGCCAUUUGGUUUAGUACAUGUCGUUUGUCUGGAAGGUCUGUAAGUUGGAGAGGUCAGGCCUUUCCUUCGGGUCAGUCCGUGCUCUUGUUGCCUGCCUACUUCUGGUUGGGCUUUUUGGCAAGUUUGUCAAAUUUGCCAAAUUUCUCACCAACAGUGGCUGGUUCACGUAAUAACUUUGCAACAUUAUAAAUGAUCAUUCUUACUCAAAAUGGUACAGCCUUUAAUUCUUGAGGUUAGCUAAUAGAUCCUGCUGUUUUCUAAAUUUAUUUAAUACAAAUAAGAUUGAUUUUUAGUAAUUUUUGAAUUUUGUGAAGUUUUCUGUGACUAACCAAGCUUUGAAAUUGUAGUGGUUUUUAGUAUGUUUUGCCUCAUCCUGGAAUAUGGCACUUCAGUUAAGCAAUGUGGUAAAGCUGCAACACUUUGGAUGUCUAUUAUGCAUUUACAGAGGAAUUUGGGCUGUUAAUGCAGUGUGAUUUCCGGUGGUCUCUUCUGUCUUCCCAAAUUCCAUUGUAGCAUCUUCAGAAACUCUCUCCAAUGUGUCCUGCAAGCAAGGGAGAUUCCACAAGUGCCAUUUAGGAGGUGAUCAUCAGUCAGCUAACCUUCACCACAGGACUACUGUGGGUGACUGAAGCGGUGCUAAGCAGGUCUCUAGUGUGGAAAAGUCUGUCCUUUGCUCACAAGUCCCACAAUUCCCCAGUGGCACCUGCAGGCUUCAUAAAAAGACAAGCUGACAAUGGUAGUUUGUAAGAUUUGUUAGUCUUACCUGUGAUUCCAAGUAUUGUAUAGUAUUUAAUGUAAACAAUAAAAUUGCUUUCAACAUUUCCAUUGGAA